AUGCAAGAUAUCGAAGGAAAUACUCUUCUUCAUUUUCUUGUAACAGAGAAAAAAGAAGAAUCAAUUGCACAAUUAUUUUCAUUUGAUUCUAUUAAGCUCUAUAUAAACAAUGAGCAAAAAACGCCAUUUCACAAUGCAAUUGAAGGAAAUAAUCCAAAUAUUAUUUCAAUGUUUUUACAGAAAUUCGGAAAAAGCCUCGUUGAAAUGAAAUUCCCCGGAAAUCUAGAUAUACUUCAAUACAUGCUACGUAUCAAUUCAUUUACUUCAUUCCAACAUAUCUUUUCCAUCAUAUUUCCAGGCGACAAUCCAUUAUUCUACGCGGCCACACACGGAUCUAUCGAGCUCCUACAAUUUUUAGUAAAUCCUGUCGAUAUACGCAUUAAAAACGUCCAAGGAAAGAAUUUACUAAAAAUUUGCUUGGAAAACGGCCAUUUAGACUGCGCUAUCUACUUACUUAGUAUCGGAUCUGAGUUUGACUUCUCCGAUAUUGCAUUUCUAUGCACGAAAGUCCCAAUACAAAGAAUAAUGUUCCUUAAAACCAAAUAUGACUGGACAAAAGUAUUCGAAGGUCGCGAAUCCUUCGGAAUGUUUGCCCUCCGCAAGCCAUUCAACCCCGCCCUGUUCAAAUUCGCGGUCAAAUGCGGAAUCAAUCCUGAUGAGCGCGACCCAGCCACGAACAUCUCUCCUCUCAUCAAGAUCAUCCAGGAAAGUAACACAGUGGCCCUCAAAAUCCUCCUCGAAAACGGUUUCCCACCACUUUACGAUGGAAAACAACCGUUAAUAACCGUUUUCGCACGAGCCAAGACAUCUGCCAUGUUAAUGACAUUACUAAGCAACGGAGUCAGUCAAACAGAUGUUCCUGGCGAAAGGACACCCUUGAUGAUGGCUGCUGCAUCUAGAGAUUCAGCACUUUUGACAUACGAAAACAACGAAGACAUCGCAUUUCGCGAUUUAGUUUAUUUAUUCGAUGUUCCGAUUUUUGAGAGAAAUUUCGGAGCCGCAUUAGUUCUUUUAACCCAGAAACCAGAGAUAACUCCGAAACACGUUUUACAAGCAGUUACUUCAUGGGAUUUACCAGCACUUUUCUUCUAUUUGAUCUGUUCUAAGUUCACUUCUAGCCAAGUAUCCGAAAUCCACAUGAAAAGCCCUGCUAAGAACCAAGUCUGUUCCCAAAUGAUUGAUUUCUUUUUGCAGGACGAUAGUAACAAAACAUCCAAUGUCAAAUUCAAUUCUUUGACAUUUGGAAACACAGGAUUGUUACACAUUGCCGCGAAAUACGCAACGAAAGAAAUCUUUGAGCGAUUAGUUCGCAAAGGUUUCGACAUUGACCAAGAGGAUUCACAAGGAUACAGACCAUUGGAUUAUGCAUUGGAAUCAUGUAGAUUUGACAACAUUUCUGUAUUAACAAAAAGUUGUGUUUGUUGCAAUUCAAAUUCAGCUGAUUUCCCCACUAUUUUACACAAAAUGUGUAAAAACAAGCGGCUGAAAUACUACUUGAACAACGCAACUGAUGAAGAGAAAUCAUAUGUCUCUCAGUUCAUUGAAUACGCAAUACAAGAAGGUCAAUCAUUAAAUGAAGUUGAUUUCGACGGUUUGACACCAAUUUUGAUAGCAAUUUUAGAUGGAAACUUGAUAUUGUGUGAGAUCUUAAUGAAAUUGGGAUCAUCGAAUGAUUUCUUGGAUAACGAUAUAAGUUAUUUACAUCUUUUGUUGAUGAAUUAUAUUAAUUCUAUUGAAGAUCAUUUUGCUCAACAAAUGUUUUUGUUUAGAUACACAACAACAGAGCCAAGACCACCAACACAGAAGAUCUGUCAGUUGUGCUGUGAUGUAUUCAACUAUUGUCCAAAGUAUUCGUCACACGAUGGAGACACAAUUUUGCACAUUUGUACAAAAUUAAAUUUGCCAGUUUUGGUUGAAUAUAUUUUGAAAAAAGGUGACACUUUAUGUAAAAAAGAUGACAAGAAUAAUAAUGGUGAUACAGCAUUACACAUUGCCGCUAGAAUGGGUAACAUGCAAUUAGCACAAGUUCUUGUUGAAAAUGGUUGCGAAUUGAACGUAACAAAUAAUUUGUUACAAACUCCUUUGAUUUGUUCAUUAUAUUCGCAAAAUCCAAUGUGCGCGAUGUAUCUUAUUAACGCUGGAGCAUCUUAUAAUAUCUAUGACUCCAACUUAAUGACACCUUUGCAUGUUGCUUGCAUGAAUGGCCAUUAUUACGUUGCUUUGGCCCUUUUGAGUGAAAAUCCGCCGCCACCUGUGAAUUUCGCUGAUAUUUAUGGUCGUACUCCUGCUUAUUAUGCAGCAAAGAACGGAUCUACGGCAUUCAUGAUCAAAUUAUUGAGUGCGAAAGCUAAUAUAUUCCAGAGUGACUACAAAGGAAGAACUCCUAUGCACGCUGCUUGCAAAUACGGAAAUUACGAAAUUGUUAAGUAUUUGAUUGAUUCUUUGCCACCGAAUUUUUCUGAUGACGAUAGAAAUUGUACAAUUCAUUUAGCCGCAAAACACAAUCAUCACCAGAUAUUGCAAUUAUUCCACAACAAAAAGGAAGCAUGGAAUGUAAAGAACGCAAAAGGAGAUACUCCUAUGCAUGUCGCCGUUCGCCGUGAUAAUGUUAUUUGUGUUCAAGUUUUGUUGCAAAUGGGUGCUGAUCCGAAUUUGAGGAAUUUCGAAGGAGAAACUCCUUUUGUUCUUGCAGCAGCUUUGAAAUCACAUCAAUGCUUAUCAUUGUUUGUGCAAAUUGGAUUCAAAUUCUUACCUGAAAAUGGAUUUUUGGCAUUAAGACAUGUCUUAUUGGCCGGAGAUUUCGAAUACGCGAAUGAAAUUUGCAAAUCACAAAUUUCUUUGAAUAUUCCAUUCUGGGGCAGAAAUCUUUUGACAAUGGCUGUUGCAAAGAAUCGUUUAGACAUUGUUAAAUUCCUUUGCAGCCACAAGUGCAUGGAUACUCUUGACAAAAUGGAUUUGACGCCAUUUGCUUACAGUUAUGUCUUCGAUUACAGAGAGAUAUUGGAUGAAAUGCUCAAACAAUAUCCAGGAAAGAGACAAUCUGACAUUUUGGACAUGUUUUCUAACGAUAUCCAAAAGAGAAGAGAUAUCGCGAGAAGAAGCCCGCCGAAUGAGAUAAAGAGAAUGAAAAUGGACUUGUUAUCUAUAACAAACAACAAAGUUCCUUUGAUGUUCAAGGAUAAAGCUACAAACGUCAAACAAUUAAUGAUGAACGCCGUUCAAAGAAAUGAUUUGGAAACAUUGAAUGUAAUGCUCGCAAAUUACAAUAUAAAUCCAAAUAUUUCUUUCGAAGGAAGGACAUUACUAAGCGUAGCUGUAACUGAUACAAUGUUUGAUGUUACUUCUUUGUUGCUGAUGGCAGGAGCUGAUCCAAAUAGAAGAAACAAAAGUAAUGGAGAUUAUCCACUUUUGAUCGCAUGCAGAACAGGAAAACCGACAUUUGUUAAGCUGCUUUUGGAUAAUGGAGCUAGAUUGGAUAUGCUAGAUAAGGAUGAAAAGACAUUGUUGCAUAUUGCUGCAGAGGAAAGUUUGCAUACAUUCGCAAAUGUCAUCAUCGAAUGCGGUGCAAAUGUUCACGCUUUGGAUAACAAAGGAAGAACUCCUCUUCACAUUGCAGUUGAGAAAGGAUUUGUGCAGUCCGUUAAACAGUUAAUGAGAGCUGGUGCAAGAAAGGACGUUAAAGAUGCAGACGGAAGAUCACCUCAGGAUUACGCAAAGGUGCUUAAUAACUCCUCAGUAUCUCAAGCUCUUGAUAGUCCAUAA